CGCCAGUACUGGGGUUCCCUACACGCAUGCGCGUUAUCACAGCCUGUCAAUUUGAAACCAGGCGAGGGAAAACAAACCAAACUCCUGCAGCGGUCAUCUUGACAUCAUGCCUGUCUGUGUGCUGUCGGAGGGGGCGGGGUCAGGCGCCCAGAUACCCACACACCUGACCAGCAUUCCCAUCUUGCUCAUCAGCAACAGCACCGACGUCUCCAACAAAACAGUCAAGGGGAAAGUGGUUCGUAAAGGUCCGCUGGUGUUGUUAGCAGCUGACAACUUCAUCCUGAAAACUGUCAUCCAAGAAGAAGAUUCCCAAGCAGAUGCGUCAUCCAUUAACGUUGUCCUGAUGGGAACCCUAGCCAAGGACUUCAAUCAAGCUGUCAACCAAGGAGACGUGGUGGUGGCCUCUGGCUUCACUGUGGGCAAAUCUCCCACAGUCCAUAAAGACAAGUUGCACCCCUGUAACCUGCUGAUGUCAGGAGACAACGCCUGCAUUUAUGUCUUCCGCCUGCCGCCUCCUCGUGACCCCACAUCCCCGCCGGCCGUCAAGAGGGGCCCUGCACCCUCCACUGAGGUUUCCAGACCACCCAAGACUCAAAAAUACACGUACGUUGGACUGGGUGACCUGAAGACUGGAUCUGUUGUCAACGUGUACGGAGUGGUGGUUUUCUUCAAACAGCCGUUCAAGAGCCGUGGCACAGACUUCUGCUCCAGCCUGAAGAUUACUGAUCAGUCCAACCAGAAGAUCGGCUGCACCAUCUUCUGUGAUAAGCUGGAGAACCAUCCCAAAAUCUUUAAAAUCGGAGACAUUGUCCGCAUGCACAGAGUCAAGACUCAGUUCUUCAAUGACUCCAUCACGCUGGUCAACACCUUUGGUUUCUCCGUUGUGACAUUUGACGGUGCGGUGGGCGCAAACGUGGAGCCACGGACCUCCAGCCUCUCUUUCCACUUCGACCGGGAAGACUGUCGGACCGUGGAGGAGCUACGAUCCUGGGCUGCCAGGCAGGCUGUCAUCUCUUCGGUUUCCACAACUCCUCUGUCUGCUGUUCAGCCCAAAGCCUACUUCGAUCUGACAUGUCAGCUGCUUGCCAAAGCUCCCAUCGACACUACCUGCACCCUGCUGAGGGUGUGGGAUGGGACCAGGUGUCCCCACACUCUGCUGAAGGUGAUAGUUGAGCCGAACGUCAUGGUUGGACCGACCUCCUUCUCUAUUGAUAGAGAGAACCUCAUUGCUAACAUCCUCGUCUAUGACAACCAUGUGGAGUUCGCCCAGCAGCUGAAGCCUGGAGACUUUCUGAGGAUCUACAACCUACGAGCGAUCCCAGGAUCCAGUAAGGUGCCCGGCCUCACCAGCAGCCAGUCAGUGGAAGUGGAUCACCUGGCUUUUCACCUGCAUGGAGGGACGGCGUUUGGCAGGGGGAUCCGGGUUCUUCCAGAAAACAGUCCUGACAUACAGGAGCUGAAGAGAACCAUUAAGGCCUUCCCAGAGGAUGAUGAGCUGAAUGACUCGACGUUGUUGGAGAUCUGGGGAACUCCACCAGAGUCUCUGGGUGAUGUGACAGCGGAGAGCAGCACAGAUUCCCUGCGUGCCUCAGAGAGAAACUGCACUCACGACAUAGAGCCAGUGACGCUGUCUGAGUUGAAGCGGUCCAAUCUGGGUCGAGUUCACCACGUCAGAGCCCAGCUGAGAUCCUACAAACCCCACAGACUCCACCAGGCUCUGAAACUCUACUGCAGCAAGUGUACAUCCAUGCAAGACAUCCCAGAUGAUGAACUGGUGGCACAUCUCUUCUUGGAGGCAUCAAAAGAGUCUGGACCCUGCAGUCCUCCUCCAUGGUUGCUCUCUGGGCAGAUUGACGCACCCAGAGAUAACCCAGGAUCCUUGAAGCAACCUCUGACUGUUCACCUUUCCUCCCAGCUCGUGUCUGAGAACAGAACCAAGGAGCUCAUCUUCCUAAUGGGUUCGACUUUGGAGGAAACGCGUCAACUAGUGUCCGGAUACCAGAACAUCAUCCCUGUGAGGUCAUCGGGAGGUCACCUGACUCUGCUCGACCUGUCUGCACCUUUCCUGUUCAGAGGCAGGAGGAAAUACUACGGGUGCAGACGAUGUUCCGAGCCUGCACUCAGGGAGUUGUGUGCCGAAGGAGUCGAGCCGAUCGAUGAGACGAUCAUUGCUAAAGCUCUCGGCAUUCAGCUGUUGCAGUACGUCCUGCUGAUGGCCUUUGAGGUGCAGGAUCCCACCGACACGCUAGAAGCCUUCCUGUGGAGAGACGCCAAGUCGUUCUUCGGGGUGUCUCCAGAGGAAGUAGCUGCCAGUCAGGAGGCUCAGAACUGCAUCCAUCAAACAAUGGACUCCCUCUGUCCACCAGGAGGCAGCACUGGUGAGCGUCCGUGGCUCGAUUUGUGUCUGAUGGCGUCCCGCACAGAGGACGACGGGGGACAAAAGCAACCCUGCUAUCAGAUCUGUCACACCGCUUUCACCAAACCCCCCUCCACACACUCCGACCCAGAACCUGCCUGAACCACCUGCAGGUCAAAGGUCACUGGUAAACCUGCCGAGUAAAGACAUUUUGGAUUUACAUCCUUCGUGGUUUCAUGUUCAUUGCAUAAAAAAUAAAUGUACAGAAUGCGUUGCUGCAAAAAAUGUAUAAAACUGCUGACUGAUGUGUAUUUUUAAACAAUCUGAUGUUUCCUGUGCAGCUCAUUGAGCAUUUUAAUAACUUUCAAAAUAAAAGAGGUUGUUGGUAUUUAUGCAGUUGGAGGUUGUUAUGAUGGCAAACAAACAAUAAAAGCUUUCUGAUACUGGAAGGUUGUGAUGUUCAGUGUGUCACCACCUGCACAGAUCCAGGAU